AUGACGACGAGAAGAAGCCUAAGAAUCGCCGGCGAGCCACCGGCUGCUGGAUCAAACCAAGGCUAUGCUGAUCCCCCACGUCUUGGGAAGCGAAAGAUCAGGGGCUCAGACGACGAAGAAGACCCCAAGGCAAAGAAGAAAGCACCCAUCAAUAAAGCCGAGAGCGAAAAGGUCCAGGACCAGACGAAGAUCCCGGAUCUUGUGAAUGACGAGCAACAGCUUGUGCCACCAGCCCCAAAAGAUGCAUUGUCAUCCCUGUCGACAGAGAUCCAACUACAAAUUCUGGCCAAUAUGGAUCCGAAACGUCUGAUCAGCUUCGCCUGCACUUCAAAACACAACUACGCACUUGUUAUGCCUAUGGUGAACAAAAACAUUGCUAUCCAUGCAGACAGAAGUAAGCUUGUCUGCAAAGUCAUCAGCCGGCUCGAACCCCUUCUCAGCAUCACUCAACAACGGAAAUUGUGGAAAAAAGGAAGAAGCAAAGCCCAGCGACCGAAAUUCCACAGGCUACUUGAUCCUAAUGUUAUUCCACUCGGUGCCCAAUAUGUCCGGCAGAUGACUGUCGGUGUAAUUAGACCGGCGGUGAAGUACAGGCCAAAUGUGAUGAGGAAGUUGGAGAAGGUGUUGAAGAAUUUGAGCAACCUCGAGGUGUUGGAUACAACAGAAUUAUCGCCGUCCAUUGUAUCCAGCAUUGUUGCACUGAAGAGUCUCAAAGCGUUGCGCAUCCAAUAUCAUUAUGCUGGUUCAACUCGAAAGUGCCAAAAUAUCGCGCGGUUAUCGCAACUGCGAGACCUAAAGCAUCUUUCCAUCUCAACAAGACAAUGUCUGUGUAUAACCCCCGUCAGGAGAGAUGAAACUCUCCAAUCAAUCAUCCUCAAUUCAUCCUCGACAUUGGAAAGCUUGGAAGUGUAUCCUUUGCGGUGGGACUCAAACAUCCAUGCCGACAGGGAAGAUCAAGUUCCAGUUCGCAAUGAAGAUCUCAUUGACGAUGGUUUUUCGGCGCUCAAAUCGCUCAUUCUGUAUGGACAGUCAGCAGGACCCAUGAACAGAACUAUCUCCCAAAGAAAUGACGGAACGUAUUUCUCAAGCAUUGCUAACAAAUCUCUCGAGAAAUCGUUCGGCUCUGCUGAGAGACGGGACAUUCAGCUGAGACAGCUGACGCUAGACAUGUAUCCAUAUCAACAGGAUCGAGAUGCCUAUGAAACGGAGAUGAAUGCUAUGUAUCGCUUCAUAGCAUCAUUUGACAUCCUGACUUCGCUCGAGAUCUACGACCACAACAGAUUCCCUGGCUGUCGACACAGCAACCCUGGGCUAUCACCCCGACUAAAAAAGGCUAUCAUCGUCCACAGCCGUCUUGAGUCGUUACGCUUGCGGUAUUCACAAACUGGUGAAGAGGUUCCAUUGUUUUCAGCCCCUGUUAUUGAAACCUUUACAAAGAAUUUGCCUCUGUUGCGAGUACUUGAGGUUUCAGUGGGAGACAACGACAUUGUCGGCAUGGCACAAGCAUUCUCGUAUGCUCGGAAUUUGGAAUACCUCACCUGCGGCUACCCCGGUACUCAGAUUCAUGAUAAGGAUAUGUUUGCAAGAAUGUUUUGUGGAAGGUUGAUGGUGGCUUUCCUGGGUCUUGCUGAAGACAACAAAGAAUUUGUUUGGGAGAAGACAUAUCGUCUGAAGCAAAUCAGUGUUGAGAACUAUCAUGCUUCUGUCGGCUCUGAACUGAAGCCCGGAAUAACCAUGUUUCGGAGGAUUAGCUCAGAUGACAAGUCAGUCUGCGUUCGAGACAAUUAUAUCCCGAAACCAAGGGAAUGGGAGGGCCCUAGCGAAUGGGCGUGCCAAAUCAUGAAGUCUGUCUAG